AAAAAUAAGUUUGUUUCUAUUACAGAAAACUUGCGGAUAUUGUCAUUGGGAAGGAACAACAUAAAAAAUCUGAAUGGGCUGGAAGCAGUUGGGGAUACGUUAGAGGAACUGUGGAUUUCAUACAACUUGAUUGAGAAAUUGAAAGGUCUCCAUGUGAUGAAGAAGUUGAAGAUUCUCUACAUGUCCAAUAAUCUGGUGAAAGACUGGGCAGAGUUUGUGAGGUUGGCAGACUUGCCGUUACUGGAGGAUCUGGUGUUUGUAGGCAAUCCACUGGAAGAGAAAUACUCUGCUGAUUCACAGAGUGCCUGGGUUGAGGAGGCAACCAAGCGAGUGCCCAAAUUGAAGAAACUUGAUGGUGAGAGCUGAGGAGGAAUAGCACAGCAUUAAUAAUGGAGCCAAA